AGAGAAAGAACAUGCAAGGAUUCAAAGUUUUAGCCAUUUUGGCUAUAGUAUUGGUCGCACACCAGGCCAAUGCCGGUACCAUCAGUAUCGGUGGCGUUAUGAGUGACGUGUCACAAGUUGCCGUGGCCGGUGAGAAGAUCAUCCAUCAGCUCGAGAAUACUGUUCAGGCGGCACAGCCUGAACCGCAAACUGUUGUUCAUCAUCACGUGCAUAUAGAGAAGUUGCAUCGCCGUACUAAGCCUGAACCCUAUUUUGUGGACCCCGAAACUCAAAACAUUUUGAGCGCUAUGGCUAAUGCUUUGGGUGAUCUGGCUAAUGCUAUCACCCACAUCAAGCUGAAUGAGGAGGACGAAUAUGUGAAACCCCAGCCUCGCUUUGUCGCUCAAGAAGAUGAAUUUGUAAAGCCCGAACCUAUCUCAGACAAGUAUGAGAAGCCUUUGCCUGUCGCUGAAGAUAAAUAUGUGAAGCCCCAGCCUCGCUUCGUUCCUGAGGAGAAUGAUUAUGUGAAGCCCCAGCCUCGCUUUGAGUUUGUAAAGCCUGUACCUGUCGAGGAUAAAUAUCAGAAGCCUGAGCCUUGGUUCAAUCCUGUGGAGGAGAAUGAUUAUGUUAAGCCGGAAGCUCAAAACCUAAUCGGUGCUGUUUUGGGAGGAGUUGCCAAUGGACUUGGUGAUCUCGCUAAUACUAUCACUGGUGUGAGAGCUGAAGAGGAGAACGAGUAUGUGAAGCCCCAGCCUCGCUUUGUCGCUCAAGGAGAUGAAUUUGUUAAGCCUGAACCUGUCUCAGACAAAUAUGAGAAGCCUGUGCCUGUCGCUGAGGAUGAAUAUGUGAAGCCCCAGCCUCGCUUCGUUCCUGAGGAGAAUGAUUAUGUGAAGCCCCAGCCUCGCUUUGAGUUUGUAAAGCCUGUACCUGUCGAGGAUAAAUAUCAGAAGCCUGAGCCUUGGUUCAAUCCUGUGGAGGAGAAUGAUUAUGUUAAGCCCGAAGCUCAAAACCUAAUCGGUGCUGUUUUGGGAGGAGUUGCCAAUGGACUUGGUGAUCUCGCUAAUACUAUCACUGGUGUGAGAGCUGAAGAGGAGAACGAGUAUGUGAAGCCCCAGCCUCGCUUCGUUCCUGAGGAGAAUGAUUAUGUGAAGCCCCAGCCUCGCUUUGAGUUUGUAAAGCCUGUACCUGUCGAGGAUAAAUAUCAGAAGCCUGAGCCUUGGUUCAAUCCUGUGGAGGAGAAUGAUUAUGUUAAGCCCGAAGCUCAAAACCUAAUCGGUGCUGUUUUGGGAGGAGUUGCCAAUGGACUUGGUGAUCUCGCUAAUACUAUCACUGGUGUGAGAGCUGAAGAGGAGAACGAAUAUGUGAAGCCCCAGCCUCGUUUCGUUCCUGAGGAGAAUGAUUAUGUGAAGCCCCAGCCUCGCUUUGAGUUUGUAAAGCCUGUACCUGUCGAGGAUAAAUAUCAGAAGCCUGAGCCUUGGUUCAAUCCUGUGGAGGAGAAUGAUUAUGUUAAGCCCGAAGCUCAAAACCUAAUCGGUGCUGUUUUGGGAGGAGUUGCCAAUGGACUUGGUGAUCUCGCUAAUACUAUCACUGGUGUGAGAGCUGAAGAGGAGAACGAGUAUGUGAAGCCCCAGCCUCGCUUCGUUCCUGAGGAGAAUGAUUAUGUGAAGCCCCAGCCUCGCUUUGAGUUUGUAAAGCCUGUACCUGUCGAGGACAAAUAUGAGAAGCCUGUGCCUGUCGCUGAGGAUGAAUAUGUGAAGCCCCAACCUCGUUUCGUUGCUGAGCCUGAGGCACAAAGCGUUGCGUCCGACGGUGCUUCAAUUAUUGGUGAGGGUGGUGCCAUCAGUGCCAAGACCAUUGCUAAGGCUGCCAAUGUCGCUGCUCCCUAUGUCGAUAAGAUCAAUGAAGCUCUUGGCGAUCUCGCCAACACCAUCACCGGCUUGUAAACUACUUGGCCGCCUCUUAACGAACCAUUAAUAAAAUAAAAUAAACGAUUUAAUAAAACGUCUGUACUCGUACAUAUGUACAGACAUAUGUGCAUGGAAGUAUUUUUAACUUUUCCAUCGCAGGCAAA